CAUCAUAGGUAACCAAAAUAACCGGGUCUUGGCCCGUUCCCCUAGUGUCCACUCCAGGGUCCCUAUUUGACACUGAAGAGUUGAAUGACUUUUGCAUUUAUGCAGAUACAAAUAAGUUUAUGAAAAUGUAUUACAACGUUACAGUCAUGCUAAGACACAGAGACAUGCACUCCUUGUUUAACUUUGGUAUGUAGGAGAGAUAAGUAUUCAAGAGCUUGGCAAAGUAAUGAAUUCAUUGGGACCAAGAUUAAGUGAACGACACCUACAACGAAUGAUCAAAGACUUGGAUAAAGAUGCGAAUGAGACGGUAAACUACGAUGAGUUUCGCACGCUAAUAUUGAAAUGGUUGGAAAAAAAAGCCGAAUGUAUUGAUGCAUUCAAGACUUUAGAUACGAACGGGGAUGGGCACAUUUCUGUAGACGAACUCCGCAAAGGGAUGCACAAUCUUAAAGUGAAGCUAACUGACGAAGAGUUGAAUAUGAUGAUAGAAGAGGCCGAUACUGAUGAGAAUGGGGGGCUUAAUUAUAAAGAGUUUGCCGAUAUCCUGAUUUCCAAAAAGCUACAGCAAUACGAGAAAAGGGAAGACCACAGAGAGGAGUGCAAAUGUGAUUGUUUUCAAGGGUGUUCUAUCUUGUAAUUUUGUUUCCAAGAGAAAGUAACACUCUGCCACCUCAACUAUUUGGAUACAUCAAAUUUGUCUUUCAAAUUAUCCCACUAUGUUUGUAUAUAUUUAUUACUGAAUAAUUGUAAAAUUCUAUCUUGUAAAGUCUCCUGGACAGAUUGGCUCCCUAUCUCUUAUAUAUGUAAUUCUCGGACUCAUUUUGGAUUGUUUCUACAAUUUGCAACACGAGAGUCAAUGUGUGUUGCAUAUCAUAAUUCUUAUCGUACAUUGGCAUUAGCAAAAAGGAAAAUGGAAACCACAAAAGUGAUAUAGGAACAUAAAAGUUUUCUAGGGUAAGGAAG